GAGCGGGCCGGGGGGAGGCGCCGCGGGAGCGGCGGAAGCCGCGGCGCUGGGGCUGCUGUCGGCACAUCCUCCCUGCCCCGGGGGACGUCCAGCACCCUGAAGGACCCAGGCCGGGCUCAGCAGGAGCGGAGAGGUGAGAGGAGCCCCUGUGCCUGGGGAUCCGGUGCUCCGCGGGCGCCGGUGCCUCCGAGCGGUGCCCCCAGCUGCGGGACAGGGCAGCGCCGCGCCCAUGGCUGCGGAGGCUCUCUCCACGUGGGCCGGCAAUGCCACUCGGGCUCCUUGCCCCGUGGAUUCCGCCUUCGCCCAGCGCUUCCUGCCCGCCGUGUACCUGACCGUGAUCCCCCUGGGGCUGCUGGGGAACGGGCUGGGGCUGUGGCACCUCUGCACGGGGCCCCGCCAGCCCCUCAGCCUGCUGGUGGGCAACCUGGGGCUGGCCGACCUGCUCUAUGUCAGCACACUGCCCUUCCUCGUCAGCUACUACCGCCGAGGCAGAGUGUGGCUCUUCGGGCAGGCCUGGUGCCGCCUCACCCGCAGCCUCUUCCACCUCAACCUCUACGCCAGCAUCGGCUUCCUCACCUGCAUCAGCAUCCACCGCUACCUGGGCAUCGUGCACCCGCUGAAGGCACGGGGCAGGUGCCAGGGCGCUGCCUCCUCGGCGUGGCUCAGCGUGGCAGUCUGGGUGUGGGUCCUGGCACAGAUUGCUCCUGAUCUUGCCUUCAGCAAGACGAAUGGCACAGGGACGAGCUGCCACGACACGACGGGGCACGAGAGCCUGGGCGUUUACUUGCCCUACACCUUCGCUGUCACCGUGACUGGGUUUGUCAUCCCAUUCCUCAUCAUCGUCGGGUGCUACUGCCACGUGGUGUUCGUGCUCUGCAGGAAUGACAGCAUGGACCUCAGCCUCAGGAGGAGAAGCAUCGGGCUGGUGAUUCUUGUGAUGGUUCUCUUUUCCAUCUGCUUCCUCCCCUACCACAUCUUCAGAAACCUCAACUUGUUUUUUCGCUGGCAGCCGCAAGGGUCCUGCACACAGGCUUCAAAGGAUGUCUAUGUUUCCUACCAGGUGACUCGGGGCCUGGCCAGCCUCAACAGUGCCCUCAACCCCCUGCUCUAUGUGAUUACCAGCAAAGACUGGAGGUCACGGGUGAGGACCAUCCGCCAAAGCGCCAGGCAGUGUCUGAGGCCACCCUUCAGGCGCAAAACCUCUUGCCAGGCAGCUGAGAAGAAGAGGAACAUCAGUCUUAGUGAGGGGGAGGCUGCUAAUGAGCUCUGAGGUACCUGGCACCCCCAUUUCUGCCACAUCAGCUUGUGCUUGGCCCCUCCCUGGGGGCAGCCCCCACCUUGACACCUGCUUUGCAGAGAUGGUGACAGCAGCGUCACGGGCUCCGUGCACACAAGGGACAGACAGGACUGUCAGCAUCAGAGAGGAAACCAGGGCCAGAUUUCAAAAGAAAAGCUGCUCAACCCAACCAUUUUGCCUACAGCAUGCCUGGAGAUGGAAAGAGAUUAUCACGUCUGCUCCAGUCCAGAGCGUUUCCCUCCAGGCUCUCAUGCAGCAGUGUGAGCUGGUGGACAUCCCUUUGCUUCCCAACCCCUCUGUGGCUGAGGGAUGGGAGGCAAUGACACCUUGUCCCUCCACUGCAUCCCCUCUACUCUACUGUACAAGGGUUUGAGACAGGAUUCCCUCUUUCACCUAAGGUGAGGUCCUGCAUUGCAGAACAGCAGAGAGGGCAAAUUUUUGCAGCAGGAGAAGAGCUUUGGAAAUGGAAAUAUUCAUUAAAAAAUCAGGUUUUAAGUACAUUACUAAGCUGUGCCAGUUCCUGGGAGACUGAGCUGUUUCAGGAUCUGUGGGAUCCUCUACUGCCCACCUCCUUUGCAGAAGAAAAAGACAUUUUUGGCAUUACUCCCUCUCUUUUGGAAGAGCACAUAGCAGAACUAACAAACGGGCAUUUUGAAGUUUUUGGAGGCUAUUGGUUGGUGGGUUGUUUUGGAAGGUGAAUGACUGCAGCAGCCUGAACUGCUUUCAGCAGGAAAAUGCCAGGAGAGUUUGCAGAUCUUCAGGUGGGUGCUUGCAUCUUGCAUCCAGCCUUGCAAGGGCAUUAGCUAUGACUUGUAAAAAUGAGAUAUGCAAAUAAAAAGAGAAGCAGCACUGGUGUGAAGAGCGUUGGGAUGUGAGCAAGGGCAGCUGUCUGUCAUCACCAGGGGUGACAGAUCUCUGCUUUGGGGUGAGCAGAGGCUCCCAAGCAGUAUUUUGGGUUUUGAUUUUGAUGUUAUCCACUACAAACAGCUCGAACGUUUCGAUUCAAUAAUGUGAUUUGUAGCAACAGCAGCUUAUGGAGCCCAGCUGUAGGAAGUGGACUGUGAGUUAAAAUCAGCCCUUUCUGGGAAAUCACUGGCCCACAGACGGAUGUUGUGCUCUUUUCCUGACGUUUAUCUCUGUCAGCUGUUCCUCACACAGACCCACCUUGGCUGGGCAGCAGAGGGAGCACGGCUGGCUUUCGGUGUAGUUAAUGUGUCUACAGUGCAA